CUUCGUCCCGCUGAUCCUGGACACAUGGGACCCUGGCUCCGCCCAAAGUCAGGGCUGGUCCUCCAGUAUGUUGUGCGCCUGCGCAAUCUGUUCAGUCCAAUGUUUUGUUGUUGUAAACUGUUUAAGGUUUUUUACCAAUGCAAUACUUUAUUGGUGAUUGCGUGCACAUAACAAUCGAUCUGUUGACUGUAGGUGAACUAUUUAGACUUGUUUUUAUCUUCAGACUGCUUUUCUUUUUUUAAACUCGUGUUUCAAAAAUGUUCCAGCAGACGAUAAAAAACUUCAAAAUCAAUUUCGACGUCUUGAAUGAGAAUCCUAGUUUCUCCAGUGGCGACCUGAUCACGGGACACGUCUCCUUCGACCUCACGAAGGAGACGAAGAUCACUUCAAUAUCGAUGGCACUGACAGGAAGGGCGAACGUCCACUGGUCCACCGGCGGAGGAGGGGGGAGAAGAAGAAGAAGAAGAAGUCGGAGACACCACACGGCAAACCUGGACUUCUUCAAAUUCAACAGCGUCAUCGUGCAAGAAGACAGCGCUACUGGUGGGACGGCACGCCUACAGCCUGGCAGGCAUUUGUACCCAUUUACAUGUCAGCUGCCUCGGGGAGACUUCCCAUCUACCUUCCGUGGAGUUUUUGGACGGAUAUUGUACUCCUUGACAGUGGGCAUCCACAGACCCUGGCAUAUGGCCAAAGACUUUGUGACCGACUUGAACUUUGUCAACCGCAUCGAUACCAACCAGCCAGAGUUGCACGCUCCUCUCUCGGGCUCCAACAGCAUGAAACUGUGCGGCCUGUGGUGUGCCUCUGGUCCUAUCACCAUGACAGUCAGCGUAGAGAAGAAAGCCUUCAUGCCUGGUGAAACUGUGAAAAUCAUUUGUCGGUUCAGUAAUGCUUCAACUCGAACAGCUACUCCAAAGGUGGCACUGCAACAGAAACAGGUUUUCUACACCUUCAACAGGACCAACCAGAGGAUGGUUCUGAAAAAGUUGGCGUCGGUGACCGGAGAGCCCGUCAGCGCUCACACCCCUGACGCUCACGUCACGAUCAUGCUCGCUAUUCCCGCGUUUACACCGCUCACCAUCUCUAACUGCAGCAUCAUAGAUGUGGAGUACUUAAUUGAGGUUAACCUCAGCGUAAGAGCGUCAUCCGACCUCAUAGUGCUGGUUCCCAUCAUUCUGUGUGACACCCCUGUUAACGCCUGUUAAUCUAAUAUUACACGAUGGAGCCUUAUUUCUCAGGGUUUUUUUGUAUCAGACUCACCUUUAUUAUUUUUGUAUAGCUUUUUCAUCAUGGAGAGAUGGCCACUGAGUAUUUUCCUAUGUUUCAUUAUACAGUAGUUUAAACUUAAAGGAUGCUUCUUCUUCUACAUUGCUCACUUUGAUACUAUUCAGCUGCUACCUGUAGUCUUUCCACAGUCAAAGUCUACGUGUGUUUACUGUCUUGUUUACUACUUGAUGUUUUGUCUCUGUGUGUUUUUAAUAUUUACCACUACACGUAUUAAUCUCUCUCUCUCCCUGUUACAUUUCAUUCUUGUACACUUAAUAGUGUAAAUGUCAGUACUGUAACUGAAAGUUGCCGUUCUGUUAAACAUUGUGUAGCAUCAUACUGCCUUCAGUCAGUGUUUUAGUUGAAUCGAUGCACUGUUCAGUAUGGAUUCAUUUAAACAUCCAUAGGAAGUGUAUGCAGUUUCAGCCUAUGAUAGUAGUUUGAAGCAUCGGGGAAAAGAUCUGUUACAGUUUGAAUAUUAUUACCACUUGUUUCAUACCAAAGAUUUUAAUAUUAUAUGCAUGUUCACUGUUAUCAUUCAGAUAAAAUUCUCCUGUUCUUAUCGAAAUGGAAAAUAUGUUACUGUGUCAGAAGUCAAAUCCAAAUCUUCAAGGGAUUGUCCCAGAUACUAUAUUAUUUUAAAUAUUGAUAGAUCUAAGUUCAGUUUUUUAAAUUUAUUGUUUUAACAUAUUAACUGUCAUUCAGAACACUAUAUAGAGACAUAUUUUACUCUAAUCUGACUAUAUUAGAAGUUAAGCCAAAGUAAGGGUAAAUGUGCUCUUUGAUGAUGAUGAAGACCCCUCCAUGCAAGCAGCUGAAUGCUCUGCUGAACUGAUUCAAUACCAAAUUACUUUUUGCUCCCUUCAGCAGAGAAAAGACUGCAAGUACCGCGUAAACUAAAUUCACUCUUUUUAGCCUAAUUAUGUGUCAUUGCGAACCCAAUCAGCUUAAUUUCCUGGAGGAAAGCCGUUUCCUCUUUGCUAUUCAGCUAACGCUCCCUCUAAGCGAGCCAGUAUGUUAAUUUUCACUAACUUUAGAUGGCUGGCUAAUGCGGGUUCACAUCAUCUCAGGCUGCCCCUUGCAUAUUGCUACUGUGUGAAAAUUACAUUAUUAAUGUUUUUUUUUAAAUAUAUAUGAAACUAAUCUACAGUAUUGGAAGUGAGCUCAGAUUCAGAAUGAGCCCACAGCUAUGCAUACUUACUAGCUUCAGCUGUUGCUAAACUUGAACCUCACUGCCUCCUGUUUUGGGCAAUGAACUGCAUGUAAAUCAUUUUUUGCUGCAAGUACAUCCAAAUUGAUUGUAGAUAGAUUGUCCCAAAAUGUAUUAUUGUGCCAUGUAUUGUUGCUCCAUCAGUGUGUGGUUUGACUCAUCAUCAUCAUGUGUGCCUAAAAAGCUGGUUUAAGUCAGUUUGAUAAUAAAAACAUUAUCGAAGGUGAACGUGUCCCAACUCACCCCCAAAGACAGAUGUCACCAAAUGACCCAUCAGGUCUUGGGUGUGUCAUAUGAGAAUGAAAAAAGACUCGUCAAUAAAGACCGAUUUUAAACAUUGCAGUAUAAAUAUAUAAUGUUUAGAUGAACUGAAAUAAAAAAGUGGUGUCAGUAUGUUUUGCACCAAGAUGAUUUUUGUAUUCGUCUUUAGUU